AUGUCCGACGAACAACAUUCAAAAGGGAAUUCCCGCCUAGAUAUACAACCAUUGGAUCUCAGCAUAGCAUUGAAGCCGUGCGACAUCGCCAGCGUCGGCACGCACGUGGAGAAAAUCAACAAACUAGCAACCUCCACUUCUCUUGGUGAUAAUAAUGUAAGACUCGAACUAGCAGAAGCUGCUAGACGCUUAGUAAGAGCUCUAGAAACUCCGCGUGAGACGAUGAUAAAGCAUUGCUGGGCACAGGCCAUGGUUAAAGAUGGUGGCAGUAGUAGAACGGCUGCCGAGCUUGCCCGCGCUGUCGGUGCCGAUCCUACUCUCGUAGCCCGGUUCCUCCGUCACCUUAGUGCCAUGGGAUAUGUGGAAGAGACUGGUGCCGACGAGUACGCGCCAACGAACUUUACAAUAUCCCUCUGCAUACCUAUAAUCAGUGCUGGCUACCCUCUAUUGUCGGGUGGUAUCCUCGCUUCGAAUAUCAAAUUCCACGAGUAUAUAAAAAAGGCUGGGUAUGAGGUUCCUAACAACAUGCUGUCCGGGCCUUUCCAAUAUGCCUAUGACACAGAUAAGAACUUGUUUGAGCAUCUUCAAGCCAAUCCUCCCUACGGCGAUCUGUUCAACCUUCAUAUGGCCGCAUAUCGUCAGGGGCGAGCAAGUUGGAUGGACCCCCAAUUCUUCCCAGUUCAGGAGAAGCUCGUCGAUGGGGCAGACCCGCGUAAGGAAGCCGUGUUCUUGGUCGAUAUUGGGGGUUCGAUUGGGCAUGAUAUGGAGGAGUUUCUAACUAAGCAUCCGUCUGUACCCGGCCGUCUUGUAUUACAAGAUUUGCCAGCUGUACUUCAACAAAUCAAUACUCUGGAUGAGCGAAUAGAGCAGAUGGAGCACAAUUUCUUUGACGAACAACCUAUUAGAGGCAGUAGGGCCUAUUACAUGCACUCCAUCUUACACGACUGGCCUGAUGAGCAAUGCGUAGAAAUUCUAACUCAACUUUCUAAGUCUAUGGAACCAGGAUACAGCAAGUUCCUCAUCAAUGAAAACGUAAUCCCGCCACGCCAUGCGUACUGGGAAGCUACAGCUCUGGAUAUUAUUAUGAUGACUGGCUUCUCAUCUAGAGAGAGAACAAAGCAUGAGUGGGAAGAUCUACUCGGGGCGUCUGGACUACGUAUCUGCAACAUUACUGUCGAUAACAGAGUCGAAAGUCUCAUCGAGUGCGAGCUAGAUACGAAAGAGCUUUCUUAA